CUAGCCUCAUGACUUCCCACUGGGCGAGGGGUGCACCUAACCCACCUACUCACUCAUCAAUUACGGUGUUCAGCUGACUUGCACAGAAAGACCCCUAUUGUUUAGUAAUUUGGCGCCCCAUCUUUUGAUUUACUGUUGUCAACUAAUCUUUUCAAUGUUCAAUUCUACUCUAUGUUAGAACAUUUCUGUGAAUGCUAUUUCGAUCUAAGUGGUCCUAUUCUCUGUCCCAUGCUAGGAAGCAUUACUCCUCUUUUCAUUCCAAAUUCUUCAAUAAGACCGAUACGAUUGAUUGGUCUGUGCGUUUCUCUUAUUACUUUUUUGUAUCCCCCUGUUCCUCGGAUACAAUUCGAUCCUUCUACGGCCAAAUCUCAAUUUGUGGAAAGCAUUCGAUGGCUUCCUUAUGAAAACAUCCAUUUGUAUAUGGGUAUAGACGGUCUUUCAUUAUUCUUCGUGAUAUUGACCACAUUUCUGAUCCCUGUUUGCAUUUCAGUGGGUUGGUCUGGUAUGAGAAGUUUUGGGAAAGAGUAUAUUACAGCAUUUCUAAUUCGUGAAUUUCUAAUGAUCGCCGUGUCCUGCAUGCUGGAUCCUCUACUAUUCUAUGUUCUUUCCAAAAGCGUGUCAAUCCCUUCUACCAUCAUUAUAGGGGUAUGGGGUUUGAGACAAAGAAAGAUCAAGGCAGCAUAUCAGUUUUUCCUAUAUACUUUACUUGGAUCCGUUUUUAUGCUAUUAGCUAUUCUGUUGAUUCUUCUCCAAACAGGAACCACCGAUUUACAAAUUUUACUAUCCACUAAAUUUAGUGAGCGGCGCCAAAUCCUUCUAUGGAUUGCUUUUUUUGCCUCUUUUGCCGUCAAAGUGCCUAUGGUACCAGUUCAUAUUUGGUUACCCGAAGCCCAUGUAGAGGAACCUACGGCUGGAUCCGUCAUCUUGGCUGGAAUUCUUUUAAAAUUGGGAACCUACGGGUUUUUAAGAUUUUCCAUACCCAUGUUUCCCGAGGCGACACUUUUUUUCACUCCUUUCAUUUAUACUCUAAGCGCGAUUGCUAUAAUAUAUACUUCCUUGACCACUUUAAGACAGAUCGAUCUUAAGAAGAUCAUUGCCUACUCCUCAGUAGCCCAUAUGAAUUUGGUGACUGUUGGUAUGUUUAGUCGGGCGGCGGCCGUUAGAGCGCCCAAGCGUUUGGCCAGCUCAGUUCUAUUAUCCAUCGGUCCAAUGCACUGGCUCAUCUCAUGGAGGGAAAAAGCAAAUGUAGUUAGUUGUCUUGUUGUUGUUCGCCGCCUCGACACAUUCCCCGGCAUCGUCCCACACAGAAAGAAAGAGCGUGGAGCCCCGGCCUGA